AUUGUGCAUCGUGUUCUCAUUCAGCCGCCUUCCGUCCUGGCAAGAGGACCUGAUCGCCGCGUCCGGAGGCAGGUUGCGUGUGCGUGCGUGCCCUCUUCAAGAUGGCUUUGUUCGCCUCGGCGUAGUGAUAUCGCUCCGGAGGACGAGGGAGGUCCCGCGCACCAGUCCAAGUCCGAUUACUCCGGAGUAAUCGCCGAGACGAGGUGGGGAGGUGAAAACCGCCAGCACGACGACGACGAUCAUCGCGACCACGACGACGACCGGGACGAAGGCGCCAGCCAGCAGCGACGUCCUCAGCAGCGCGGAGAUGUGACGUUCGUCGGCGAACCGCUGGCAGAAACACCCGAGAUGGAAUCGCCUUCGGCCCGUCAGGACUGUUACGUUGAGGCCCAAGAGGAUUCCACCUCAGUGGAAGCCAAGGCAGAAGGCGCACCGUCGCCAGACGAAGCGACGUCAAAAACGAUAACGACGACAGCAACGGACGCCGACGACGACGCGGCGCGUCCUUCCGUUCUGCAGGACUCGUGCGUUGAGGACUUGGUGAUGGUGUGCGAGAGAUUGGAUGAGACACCAGAGGACGAGAGACCCGAGGUGAGACAAUUGAGUGAUAACCCGGAGAAGGAUCAAGCGGAGGAAGAAAAGGAAGCGGAUAUGGGUCUAACAAUAGGGAAGAAAGCCAACGAGGACGGAAGGCUCGAGAAGAAUGAGAUCGACACGAAAUCGACAGAAGGUUCUCUUCCGGGACCUGAAGAGUCACCUAAAACGUCCAAUUCCGAGGAUUGCGAUGUCCUCGGGGAGUCCUCGAAGGUACGAGAGAAUGGGACUGAGAAGUCCGCACUGCCGGACGUUUCUAGAAAAAGGCCGGCCGCGGGUGACUUCCUGCCGAUCGGCGCGGAGAUCAAAAGGAUCGGUAUUGAGAUCCCGGAGGAGCAGGCGACCCAGCUGAGAAACGACGUCAGGAGACUGUCGCCGGUGCUGGUGAGUCUUCGUGAGAGAACCCUCGGUGAGGUGUCCCUGACUUCGGAGUCCUGCCUCUUCGGGGACGAGAUUGAGAGUAGGAUAACGCCGAGGUGCAACGAUGUCCCUGCGAACGAUUCCCGGAUUCAGGAUAUCGAUCGGAAUUCUGACGCGAGCCAGGACGUGAGCCAUCGGGAGGUGGAGGAAACAAUCGGCAGGCUCAGUGCGAAUUCUUCGGAGUGCACGAGCAGCGACAACGUCGAGGAUAUGUUAGGCCGCGAAGACAGAAAAAUGGAUUGCGACAGCGGGGGGGAAAUUACGAUGCUCGGCGUCGACGUGACUUCUUCGACGUUUUCGAGAAGCAACAGUACGGACGAUAAGACGACGGAGUCGCGUCAGGAACACAACGUCGGGGACGCAAACGCGGCCGCGAAGGUUGACAGCAUGAUACCUUGCUCUCCGACCGAAAAGUGCGUCAUUGAAACGACGACGAGUCCCGCGUCAAGUCCCGUCUGUCGAAAUUUAACCAUCGUACUGAAUCGCAUCGAGAACGAGAAUCUAAAGAAGAGUGUCCAAAUGAACACGAGCGCUGACGAAAACAUAUGGGAGUACGUCGUCGAGGAGGGAUCGUCCUAUUCCAGCGAAAGGAGAAACCUCAUCGAGGAGGAUUCGCUUGCAGAGACCUCGGAAGCUCAUGAGAGCUUGAAGAAGUUACGCAGCUGGCAGAGCAACUCCUCUCCGACGGCCAAGUCGAAAAAGUGCGAACCGAUGGAAGGUGCUCACAGUCCGAACAGUGGACUGGUCCUGAAGAAGUGUAAGGUGGUACUGGAGAGAAUGGGCGAAGUAUUCGCGGGGCAUUCGCAAGCGCCGGAGAACGAAGUCGAGGAGAGUGGAGCCUCGAGGAUGCAGGUCGAGAAGGAUGAUGAGUCCAUGCCUGUUGCGGUGAUCGGUAAGCUCGAGGAAAACGAGGAGGUGGUACUGGCGAGCUCGUCGCCCACAGCCGAGGAUAGCCGCGUGUCCAACGAACUGGACUCAUCGGAGACGAUGCCAAGCUCACCGGAGGACGCGCCGGAAGUGUCGGUGGACGUCGCCGAGGGCGUCGACACUGAGACAGAGACGGAGACCGGCUCCGACAGUUCGGAGGUGUCGCCUAUCACGAGCAUUCGUCAUGAGUUGCGCGACGUCGACGUGGCGCCUGAUCAGCUACCUUGCUCCGACGGGGACCCCUUAUGCUGCGUGGAGGCGAUGGCGCCGAUCAUGACGAGAUUGGAGGCCGACCGGCCGGAAGCGUACACCGAGGACUCCGCAGAGAGCCUGGCCUUGGCGACCGGCGCCAGGGAUGAGGUCAGAUCCGAUGGGAGCGACUCCGGCCUGGGGAACGAGAUCCCUGGUGACCCAGGUCCGGCGCCUGCACCAGAAAGUGAUUCUGAGACCUCCUUCCUCGACAGACUGCCGGACGACAUCCUUUCUGACAAGGACAAAGGCGUAAACCAGUUGGACGGCUACGCGGCGUCCUCGGGAGCGCCCGGGACGCCGGGCCAACUGCCUCUGACGAGCUUCCGAACACUGCCGGCCAAGAGCAACCUCAAGCGCAGGCUGACCGACUGCAUGGAGGGCGACGAGUCGCGGGGCAACGUCGACGAGCCCCUUAAGAAAAAGCGCAACAUCCAGUUCGACGCGGUGACGGUCUAUUACUUCCCGAGGGCGCAGGGCUUUACCUGCGUACCUUCCCAGGGCGGCAGUACCCUAGGCAUGAGCGCGACGCACACCCACGCGGAGAGGUUCUCGUUAACGGAACACGCAACUGAGCAGAGGCGAAUCCAUCGCGCGCGGCUCGCGCAGCUGCGCUCCGAGCGCAACUGCGCAACCAACUGCGUGACCGAGACGGCGUCGAGCUCGGAAGACCCGAGCGACGACACCGACGAGGAGCCAAGCGACAACGAGGAGCUCGACAUUGACAGCUACUACUUCCUACAACCGGUACCCACGUGGCAGCGUCGGGCCCUUCUUAGAGCUGCCGGCGUACGAAGGAUAGACGGCGUCGAGAAAGAUGAGUGUCGCGACAUCCGCGCUAGCAGGGAACACUGCGGAUGCGGCUGCAAGGGAUACUGCGAUCCCGAGAGUUGUCCUUGUAGUAGGGCCAACGUAAAGUGUCAGGUGGAUCGACCGGGUUUCCCUUGCGGCUGCACGCGGGACGGUUGCGCGAACAGUACGGGCAGGAUCGAGUUCAAUCCAGUUCGAGUGCGAACGCAUUUCAUUCACACGCUGAUGCGAUUGGAACUAGAGAAGAAGCAGCGUGAGGAUGUUGGCGGUGAGCAUGACCAGGACAAUCAGGUGCAGAAUGGUAGAGGUGUUCGUCAGCUAAGGGACAUCGGCUCCCUGGGGAUAGAAGCUUCCGUUGGCGGCGACGCUUGUGCGAUCCCGGGUACAGGACCCGGGGGAGGUGGAUUCACGACCUUACACUACGAUACGAGUCACAACGGUGUAGGAGCUGGUGUGGUUGGCUGCCAACCAGAGGUGCCUGGCACGCGGGAGGAUAGUCUGGACUUGUACGCCAUCAGGGACGAUUGUUAUGCGAGCGAAGACGCGGUGGACAGCAGCCAAUCGGUCGUCGUGCAACGAAAACUGCACCCGGAGUUCGGCCAGGCCUUCCAAAGCUUUUCGCCCAGCGUGCAAAACGACGGUGCCGCCGGCGGCGGCAAUGGUGGCGGUGGUGGAGGCGGUAUGAGCUUCCAGCAGUCCUCGUACCAGGACUACGGAUCGCCGUACGCGAGUAUGCCGUCCACGUCGCGGGUCCCACAGUUUCAGCCGCCGCCGCAAUUCCAAUCGCCGCCCAAUCCGGCCGCUUUUGCGCACUACGGGCCCUAUGGCGGGCCCCAGGACACCGCGGCCGCCACUCUUCAGGGCGGCUGCGCCGCCCAAGUGCACCAGAUGUCGCAACCGCCGCCAUCGCAGAGUCAGCAGCAGCAACAACAACAAUCCCAACAGCACUCGUCCUAUGACGCGACGGUGUUUGCGCAGGACGACGUCGCGAGUACCGCGCAGUACACAAACCUCACCAAUUCGAUGCAGCCGAUGAAUUCGACGAUGGUGCAGCAGAUGCAGGGUAAGCUCGAGCCCUUCUCAGAGCUGCUCAGCGGCAGAUACUCAUACUAUGGUGAGAUGCACGAGCCGCAGCAACAUCACAGUACUUACGGUACUCACGGCACGGCCGCCGGUAAGGUCGCGGAAAUGAUCGAACCCGGUCAGGUCACCGGCGUGCAACAGCCCGAUGGCACAUCCGAGGACUGCGACGAAAACUUCGGUGAGAUCAUCAAGAAGUCCAUGGUGGAGACCGUGUCUGCCUAGGACGUAUGAAGCCUACCUCGCAUCGGAAAUGUCCAGGAUGAAUAAUGGAGACGCUCAAUGGGACGCCGAGCAGUCGCCGCUGGUCUCUUCAGAACUGGAAGGUUGAAGUUCUCUUCUGUCUGCGCGACUAACUCGAGAAUGAGCAACUCCCUUGACGCUCGACAGUCCGUUUCCCUCGGCAGCCUUUCGUCCAGGACCGUUUUUUCAACGACGGACUCCGCUAAAUACGGGGAACACUCGGCGCACUUCGGGGACGACUCGGUUUUAGUGACUCGGUUCUUUUAAAGUCUGGAAGAUUGAAAUCCUUUGGAUCUCUUCCAAUUUUACGAUAAUCUUUAAAACAAGGACUACGAGGACAAUUGAGAUGAAGGGGGAGACUUCGGGGUUUAUUCAUCCUACCGUGCGAUACGUAAAUAGGGAUGAAACAUAGUGCCCUCCGAGGGAGAUGGAAUGUCUCCUGGGGUCAAAGCAUCGGGUUUUUGAAAGAUCUCGCCCAGAGAUCAUUAGGGAAUUUUACGGCUACGACGUGUGCGUCCGCCCGGGAUGGUGAAACUCACGACGUCAUCGUCGGCGCAAUUCUUAAUCCGUCAGGAUCGAUGCGCCGGUUGAGUCACUUUGCGAAGAUUUCGCCUAUAAUCCUUUUUCAUUGCAAUCGAAGGUUGCUUGCUAUAGUGAGCUAAGCCAUUUUGUGAAAACGGGAAAAAUAAAUCUUCUUUUUUUUUCCCGUUAUUUAGACAUUCAGAGGAUAUCAGGUAGUCAUAUUAUUGGGAUAUGCUCUAUCUUUUGAAUGUGUUUUGAAGUUUACUUUUUCUGUUUUUACAAAAUGUGGAUUAGCUGUUGUAGCAAGUUUUUCAAUUGAAAAUUGAUUCUCAUUUGCGAUGAAAACGGACAAGUGCUGAAAGAUCGCUGAAGUGCGGGUCGACGACGAUGUACGUCGUGUGAGACAACGACGGAAAUCUGGAGUCUGGGUGGUCUCGAAAAGUGAAGACCUCCGAGCUCCGGAGUUUCCAUCGGUAAUUUUCAAGAGCGAUCCGUGAGAGUAAUAAGAGUAGGAAAAGAUUUCAACGAGGUUGUGACCAAGAAAUAACACAUGGGAUCAGCUUAUAAAUUGCAGUUUAUAAUACCUAACUUUAAGCGUAGGGAUGCGAACGACCGGGAGCGGGUCGCGUGUCUUUUUAGGCGAGCCUCGCGUCAUAGAGGCUGCAUACGCGAAUAAUGUAUCGAUCUAGAGCGAAUCUGCGCUCGCUCUAAUUCGAGAGAAUCGUUCUGGAAUGCACAUACACACAUAUAUACGUACAUAUACAAACACACACACACAUACACACACACACAUCUAGACAGUUGAAUUUUGAAAAUUUAUAUCAUUUAUUAUUGUAUGCAAUAUGAAAUAGUAUUGCAUGCAACGUAUUGUAUAUCGAAAUUUAUAUACAUAUAUAUACAAAUAUUAAAUCUGUAUUCAAUAUUUUUAUAUCAGAAUUUAUAUAAUAUUUAUAUGACUUUUCUCAUAUAAGUACUAUAUACAUAUUUAAUAGAAAUAUGUACAAUUUAUUUAAUGUUUUAUAACAGAAUUUAUUAAAUAGAACUAUCCGAUUAGAUUGAAGUUUACGUGAUUGAUUAUUCUCAGUUUCUCACGUCCAAGCUUUUAGCGUCGAGAAACGUUGCGAAAAAGAAAAGAAAAGAAACGAAAGACUCAGAUUCUGUCGUGCGUUGUGUCUCUAUCGGAGAACGAAAUUCCAGAGUGAGGAUCUCGGAUCUCUCGAAUCGUUAGAGCUGCCCAAUCGCGCUCUAGAGCGGAACUUUGAGACGCGAAGCGCGAAUGAACCGAUAUACGGCGUAUUUCGUUGACCGCCGUUGAUUUUCUCGAGGCGAACGACAGCGAGAACAACAAAAUCAAUAAAAUGUAAAAAAACGGUAGAAAAAACACACACGCAUACACAUGACACAUUCGUAGAUGAGCGUAAAACGUGAGCGAUUGUGAUACUUGUGCAUACAAAGACAAAAAAAAAAAAGAAAAUGAGAAGAAAAAAGGAAGAAUGGUUCAGAGCGCCAAGUUCAUAGGUUUAAGAUAAAUUAUAUGGGACUUUUUUUACGCCGGUCAAUGUAGAAGCUGCGAAUGUUGUUUCCAGUGAUGAUCGACGAAGAAGCGCGGAUUUCGAUUUUCUUCUCUCGCGAAUUCCAUGCGUGAAGAUCUCGAACGUGUCGAGCGCCAGAGGAAUAUUUUGUCGAAAAAAAAAAAGAA